UCAGGUCCCUUCGCCUUUUGUUCGUUUAGGGAGUUGCAGCAGCGGCCAGAGUCCCUAGCAGCCGCCGCCCGAACAGAGCCGAUCCUCCAAUCCGAGUCCAAUACAGCCCCAGCCCGGCCCGCUGCCCCGAGCCCCAGCCUCAGCCCGGAUCCCAGCCACGAGCGCAGCAGCAACUGCCAUGGAGGUGAUCAACCUGGUUGAGCAGCCCAUCAAGGUGACGGAGUGGCAGCAGACGUACACCUACGACUCGGGCAUCCACUCUGGGGCCAACACCUGUGUGCCAUCGGUCAGCGGCAAAGGUAUUGUCGAGGAGGAAGAGCCCUGUGGCCGCCAGUACACCCUCAAGAAAACCACCACCUACUCCCAGGGGGCUCCCCAGAGCCAAGGUGACCUGGAAUGCCAAAUGACAAUGACGCGGGCCCAGCGGGUGAGGGCAGCCAUGUACCCCGAGACGACUGAGGACCGUUCUCUCCUAUUGACCACCCAGAUUGAAGGGCAGGCCACCAAUGUGCAGCGGCUAGCCGAGCCCUCCCAGCUGUUAAAGUCAGCCAUCGUUCACCUCAUCAACUACCAGGACGAUGCUGAAUUGGCAACGAGAGCCCUGCCUGAACUCACCAAACUGCUUAAUGAUGAGGACCCGGUGGUGGUAAGCAAGGCGGCCAUGAUCGUGAACCAGCUAUCGAAGAAGGAGGCAUCCCGGCGGGCACUGAUGGGCUCGCCCCAGCUUGUGGCUGCCGUUGUGCGCACGAUGCAGAACACCAGUGACCUGGAUACCGCCCGCUGUACCACCAGCAUCCUGCACAAUCUCUCUCACCACCGUGAGGGGUUGCUUGCCAUCUUCAAGUCAGGGGGCAUCCCUGCGCUGGUCCGCAUGCUCAGUUCUCCAGUGGAAUCAGUCCUGUUCUAUGCCAUCACAACAUUGCAUAACCUGCUGCUUUAUCAAGAGGGUGCCAAGAUGGCUGUCCGCCUGGCUGAUGGGCUGCAGAAAAUGGUGCCCCUCCUCAACAAGAACAAUCCCAAAUUCUUGGCCAUUACCACCGAUUGCCUGCAGCUUCUUGCCUACGGCAACCAGGAGAGCAAGCUCAUCAUCCUGGCCAAUGGGGGCCCCCAGGCUCUGGUGCAGAUCAUGCGUAACUAUAGUUACGAGAAGCUGCUCUGGACCACAAGCCGAGUGCUCAAGGUGCUGUCUGUGUGCCCCAGCAACAAGCCUGCCAUUGUGGAAGCUGGUGGUAUGCAGGCCCUGGGCAAACACUUGACAAGCAAUAGCCCUCGCCUUGUGCAGAAUUGUCUGUGGACCCUGCGCAACCUCUCAGAUGUAGCCACUAAGCAGGAGGGCCUGGAUAGCGUGUUGAAGAUCCUAGUGAACCAAUUGAGUGUGGAUGAUGUGAAUGUGCUGACCUGUGCCACGGGCACCCUUUCCAACCUGACCUGCAACAAUAGUAAGAACAAGACCCUCGUGACCCAGAACAGCGGCGUGGAGGCCCUGAUCCAUGCCAUUCUGCGUGCGGGCGACAAAGACGACAUUACUGAGCCUGCUGUCUGCGCACUGCGACAUCUCACUAGCCGCCACCCAGAGGCCGAGAUGGCGCAGAAUUCCGUGCGCCUCAACUAUGGAAUUCCUGCCAUUGUCAAGCUGCUCAACCAGCCCAACCAAUGGCCUUUGGUUAAGGCAACUAUUGGAUUAAUCAGGAACCUGGCCUUGUGUCCUGCCAACCAUGCUCCCCUCCAGGAGGCAUCGGUCAUUCCCCGUCUUGUCCAAUUGUUGGUAAAGGCCCAUCAGGAUGCCCAGCGCCAUGUGGCUGCAGGCACACAGCAGCCCUACACGGAUGGUGUAAAGAUGGAGGAAAUUGUGGAAGGCUGUACUGGUGCCCUGCACAUUCUGGCCCGGGAUCCCAUGAACCGUAUGGAGAUUUUCCGGUUGAACACCAUCCCUCUGUUUGUCCAGCUCCUGUACUCAUCAGUGGAGAAUAUUCAACGAGUGGCGGCUGGAGUGCUGUGUGAGCUGGCCCAGGACAAAGAAGCAGCUGACUGCAUCGAUGCUGAGGGGGCCUCAGCUCCCCUGAUGGAGCUCUUGCAUUGCCGCAAUGAGGGCACUGCAACCUACGCGGCUGCUGUUUUAUUCCGUAUCUCUGAGGACAAGAACCCAGAAUAUCGCAAACGUGUUUCUGUGGAGCUCACAAAUUCUCUCUUCAAACAUGAUCCGGCUGCCUGGGAGGCUGCCCAGAGCAUGAUCCCUAUUAGUGAACCUUACCAAGAGGAUCUGGACGCCACAUACCGUUCCAUGUACCCCACUGAUGGACCCCUAGACCCUAUGGAUAUGCACAUGGACAUGGAAGGGGAGUACCCCAUCGACACCUACAGUGAUGGUCUCCGACCCACUUACCCUACUGCUGAUCACAUGCUGGCUUAGCCCAGCCCCUCACUCAUGGUAUCAUUCUUGAUCCCAGGUAAAGGGACUGAGACAGAAAGUGCCUGAGCGGAGGACCAAGCUGGGUGGCUGGGACUUCACUCGCCCACACCCAUAAGAGGUUCUCCUCUUUGGGGUUUUUAUUAAUUUUGAGUUCUCUUUCCAUGUAUGUGUGUGUGUGUGUGUGUGUGUGUGUGUGAGAGUGAGUGUGUGUGUGUGUAUGCUGUGGGGUUUAGGGCCUGACACUUCCCUCCCCCCAACCCUGUGCCACGGGGCCUCAUCUCCCUCCCCUGGCUCCUGAAGCUUUAAUAUAUAUAUAUAUAUAUGCCACAUGUCCAUUACUCCACCUCAAUGACCUGCCCCUGGUUCGCUCACUCAGGCACCUUUUCUCUUUUCUAAACUCAGUGCAGGUAGUCUGGAGCCUGGGGAAGCUUUGGUUUGUGCUGAUUUCUGAACUUGCUUUUCUAGUCCCCUCCUGAUCCCCCAGCCCAGAGUUUCUGCCUCAAACUUCAGAAAAACUCAGUUUCUCUAGUCCAAAGAACUGGGAAAACUAAAGGGGAAAACCACAUGAAAUGGACCCAGAGAGGGAACACGAGUCCUCUCACUCUGGCUUCUCUUUCCAGAAUGCUGAAUUGGCUUUUUACCUAAUGAGGAGAAUUCAGUGCACAUCCCCUUCUCUCCCCUUCUAACCCCACCAUGAAACCACUCUGACCCUGGAGAAGCAACUCAUACCCUUGACUGACCCUCUCUGGUGUGUGGCGUGGGUUUCUUCCCUCUUACUGUUUCAUUCUUCCCAUUGUCCUUCCUGGGAGUGUAGGGGAAGCCGAGGGGGGCAAGAACUGAGAGCUUUAUUAUAAUCUCUGCAAAUUUUUGGUUAUUGGUUUUUUUUGUAUAGACCAAAGCAAAGAAUAAAAAUAACAAACAUUA